GCAAGGAACGAGCCUCCUCCCACCAUGCCAGCCUGCUGCAGCUGCAACGAUGUUUUCCAGUAUGAGACAAACAAAGUCACCCGGAUCCAGAGCAUGAAUUAUGGUACCAUUAAGUGGGUCUUUCACGUGAUCGUCUUUUCCUAUGUUAGCUUUGCUUUGGUGAGUGACAAGUUGUACCAGCGGAAAGAGUCUGUCAUCAGUUCUGUGCACACCAAGGUGAAAGGGAUAGCAGAGGUGAAGGAGAAGGUUGUGGAGAAUGAAGUGACCAAGUUGGUGCAAAGUGUCCUGGACACCGCAGAUUACACCUUCCCUUUGCAGCUUUUUAGAAGCAGAGCCACCGUCAGCGAGGUCUGCCUAGAUUCAGAAGGGCAAAGAACUUUCUACCCAGAGAGCACCAGCCCUUCAACAGUGUUCACAUGGCAUUUUAUCAACAAAAGCUGUCCCCAGGAGACCAUUCUUGGGGGAACUCCUUCUUUGUGAUGACGAACUUUCUCAAGACAGAAGGCCAAGUGCAGGGGUUGUGUCCCGAGUAUCCCACCCGCAGGACACUCUGUCACUCUGACAAGAGUUGUAAAAAGGGAUGGAUGGAUCCGCAGAGCAAAGGAAUCCAGACUGGAAAGUGCAUAGUGUAUAAAGGGAACCAGAAGACCUGUGAAGUCUCUGCCUGGUGUCCCAUUGAGGCAGCGGAAGAGGCCCCCCGGCCUGCACUUUUAAACAGUGCCGAAAACUUCACCGUUCUCAUAAAGAACAACAUUGACUUCCCCGGCCACAACUACACCACGAGAAACAUCUUGCCAGGUUUCAACGUCUCUUGUACAUUUCACAAGACUCAGAAUCCCCAGUGUCCCAUUUUUCGACUAGGAGAUAUCUUCCGAGAAACAGGAGAUAAUUUUUCAGAUGUGGCGAUUCAGGGUGGAAUCAUGGGUAUUGAGAUCUACUGGGACUGCAACCUGGACAGGUGGUUCCAUCGCUGUCGUCCCAAAUACAGUUUCCGUCGCCUUGAUGACAAGACCACCAGUGAAUCCUUGUAUCCUGGCUAUAACUUCAGGUAUGCCAAGUACUAUAAGGAAAGCAAUGUUGAAAGACGAACUCUGAUAAAAGUCUUCGGGAUCCGCUUUGACAUCCUGGUUUUCGGCACCGGAGGAAAAUUUGACAUUAUCCAGCUGGUCGUGUACAUCGGCUCAACUCUCUCCUACUUUGGUUUGGCCACUGUGUUCAUUGACUUUCUCAUCAACACUUACUCCAGCAACUGCUGUCGAUCCCAUGUUUAUCCCUAUUGCAAGUGCUGUGAACCCUGUGUGGUCAACGAAUACUACUACCAGAAGAAGUGUGAGUCCAUUGUGGAACCAAAGCCGACAUUAAAGUAUGUGUCCUUUGUGGAUGAGUCCCACAUUAGGAUGGUAGACCAACAACUACUUGGGAAAAGUCUGCAAGAUGUUAAGGGCCAGGAAGUUCCAAGACCCCCAGUGGACUUCACAGACUUGUCCAAACUGCCCCUGUCUCUCCACGAUCCACCCUCCCUUCCUGGACAAGCAGAGGAAAUGCAGCCGCUUAAUGAAGAAACGACUCCUAGAUCCAGGGACAGCCCAGGCUGGUGCCAGUGUGGAAGCUGCCUUCCAUCCCAGCUCCCUGAGAGCCACAGAUGCCUGGAGGAGCUGUGCUGCCGGAAGAAGCCAGGGGCCUGCAUCACCACCUCCGAGCCGUUCAGGAAGCUCGUUCUGUCCAGACGCGCCCUGCAGUUCCUCCUGCUCUACCAGGAGCCCUUGCUGGCACUGGAUGCGGAUUCCACCAACAGCCAGCUGCGGCACUGUGCCUAUAGGUGCUACACCACUUGGCGCUUUGGCUCCCAGGACAUGGCUGACUUCGCUAUCCUGCCUAGCUGCUGCCGCUGGAAGAUCCGGAGAGAGUUUCCCAAGAGCGAAGGGCACUACAGUGGCUUCAAGAGUCCUUACUGA